UGAUCACAAGAUAGGGUGUCUUCUCGUCUCACCCACGUGUCCUUCGAAUCAGCGCGCAUCUAAAGAAGAGAGCUUUUUCUUUCAAAAAAGAUGCAAAGAGUCGGGAGCAAUCAAUCGCCUUCGCGUUGGCCGUAGAGCUUAGCAAGCUGCUUUGCUUCUCCCCCUUCUGUUUCACACCCCGCUUCAAUGGCGGGGAAACUCUCUACUUCCUUCAUUAGCCAUGGAUGGUCUUCGUUAAGCUGUCAAGAGCCUUGUUCACCUUCUUUUCGAUUUCUUCUUCUUCCUUGCAGGAUGCGGCACAAAAACAUCAGGCUAAGCACUUGCUGUGCACAACAAAGGAAGCAAGUGAGAAGGAUAUCUCCCCAAAAGAUCCCAUCCGGUGCAAAACUGCGGCAGAACAGUGAUGAUGCCUCUGAUAUGGAUUCCUCUCCCACAACUGAAAUCUCUAGUUUGAGUUAUGAUCAAAUAUCUAAUAAGGCUUCAGGUGACACGAAUGAAGAGGAUGUAAAAAGCCAACCCAAGUUUAAUGAGGUAGCUGAAAUCAUAAGCCUUGAUAAUGAGCGGAUGCUUAAUGAGUCUGUUGACUCUGCUCUAGCUGUUGGAAAUACAAACGAUGUUAUAAAAAGUAUAGCCUUGCAGAAUGAUGUAAAAUCUCGGUUAUUGGAUGCAGAUGCUGGAGGGAAGGUUUCCAGUUUUCAACUACAGAAUUUCAUUGGCAUUAUAAAGAAUGCAGAAAAAAAUAUCCUCAUCCUCAACCAAGCUCGUGCUGAAGCACUUAAGGAUCUUGAAAAGAUUCUUAAUGAGAAGAAAUCUGUGCAAGAAGAAAUCAACGCUCUACAGUUGAGACUUGUGGAAACUGAUGCACGGAUUAGAGUUGUUGCCCAAGAAAAAUUACAUGUAGAACUUCUAGAAGAUCAACUGGAGAAACUACAAAAUGAACUAUCUAUUAGGGGUUGCUCUGAAGGAAGCUCCAGUAAUGUUGUUGAAGCAGUUGCUCUCUCUAACAACUCUACCCCGGACUCUCUGGUCAAGGAACUUAGCAUAUUGAGACAAGAAAAUAUGUCCCUGAAGAAUGAUUUGGAAGUCUUCAAAGCAGAGCUGGAUAGUCUCAAGGGUACAGAUGAACGUGUUGCAUUGUUGGAGAAAGAACGUUUUCUGUUGGAGUCAUCUAUUAAGGAGUUGGAAACUAAACUCCUUGGCUCUAAGGAAGACAUAUCCAAACUGUCUACCUUGAGAGUUGAUUACAAAAGCAUAUGUGAAAAGGUGGAAUAUUUACAAGAAUUGUCAGCCAGGGCAACAAAGGAAGCAGAUAAAGCAAUAUCCAUGUUACAGAAAAACCAUGAGCUGCAGGAAAAGGUCGACAAAUUGGAACAAUACUUUGAAGAGGCUAAUGUCUAUAAAUUAUCAUCGGAGAAAUUGCAGCAACACAAUGAAAUCAUGCAGCAAAAGAUAAAAGCUCUGGAAGAACGUCUUGAAAAGUCUGAUGAAGAGAUAAGUUCUUUUCUGGAGCUAUAUCAGGAAUCUGUUAAGGAAUUUCAAUCUACAUUAAAUCUUUUUAAAGAUGAGAGAAAAGAGAAGACAUUGGAUGGACUCGUGGAUGAUAUGCCUUGGGAGUUUUGGAGUCGUUUAUUUCUUGUGAUAGACGGUUGGGUUCUUGAGAAGAAAAUAUCACUAGAAGAUGCAAUGCUUCUGAGAGAAAUGGCAUUGAAGAGGGAUAGAAAAAUUUGUGAUGCCUAUUUGAUGUGUAACAAAAAGAAUGAACAUGAUACUAUUGAUGCCUUGCUUAAAUUGACGUCAUCUCAUACCCGUGCAGGAUUGCAUAUAAUUCACAUUGCUGCUGAGAUGGCACCAGUUGCUAAGGUUGGCGGUUUGGGAGAUGUUGUGACUGGGCUCAGUAAAGCAUUGCAGAAGAAAGGCCACCUUGUUGAAAUUAUUCUUCCAAAGUACGACUGCAUGCAGUAUGAGCGCAUUCAUGACUUGAAGGUCCUGGACAUGGUACUGGAGUCAUAUUUUGAUGGCCAGCUUUUCAAAAAUAGUGUCUGGGUUGGUACAGUUGAAGGUCUACCUGUUUAUUUUAUUGAGCCUCAGCAUCCUGGAAAGUUUUUUUGGAGAGGAAAAUACUAUGGGGAGAAUGAUGAUUUUAAGCGGUUCUCUUUUUUCAGUCGGGCUGCUCUUGAAUUAAUUCUUCAAGCUGGAAAGAAACCAGAUAUAAUCCAUUGUCAUGAUUGGCAGACAGCUUUUGUUGCACCUCUGUACUGGGAUGUUUACGUUCCUAAAGGUCUGAAUUCCGCUAGGAUAUGUUUUACAUGCCACAAUUUUGAAUAUCAAGGAACUGCUCCUGCUUCAGAAAUGGCUUCCUGUGGGCUCGAUGUUCAUCAGCUUAACAGACCAGAUAGAAUGCAAGACGAUUCCUCGCAUGAUAGAGUCAAUCCUGUUAAGGGUGCAAUUGUAUUUUCCAACAUCGUAACAACAGUUUCACCAACUUAUGCUCAAGAGGUGCGGACUCCUGAGGAAGGACGAGGCCUUCAUACAACCAUCAAGUAUCACUCCAAGAAGUUCGUAGGGAUUCUUAAUGGAAUUGAUACAGAUGUGUGGAACCCUGCUACAGAUAUAUAUCUGAAGGUUCACUAUAGUGUAAAUGAUAUUCAAGGAAAAGCUGAAAAUAAAGAAGCUUUAAGAAGAAUUCUGGGGCUUUCUUCAGCAGACAUCAGACAACCAUUGGUGGGUUGCAUCACGAGAUUAGUGCCGCAGAAGGGUGUACAUCUUAUCAGGCAUGCUGUGUAUCGGACAUUGGAUCUAGGAGGACAGUUCGUGCUUCUUGGUUCUAGCCCCGUGCAUCACAUUCAGAAGGAGUUUGAAGACAUAGCUCAUCAUUUUCAGAAUCAUGAAAACGUUAGGUUGAUAUUGAAGUAUGAUGAAGCACUUUCCCAUUUGAUUUACGCAGCAUCAGACAUGUUCAUAAUUCCUUCCUUGUUUGAGCCUUGUGGUCUUACGCAGAUGAUUGCAAUGCAAUAUGGUGCCAUCCCAAUAGCAAGGAAAACAGGUGGUCUAAAUGACAGUGUCUUUGACGUUGAUGAUGAGACCAUACCUGUCCAAUUUAGAAACGGCUUCACUUUCUUGACACCUGAUGAGCAGGGUUUCAACAGUGCUUUUGAUCGCGCAUUUAACCUAUUUAAGAACAAGCCCUCGAGUUGGCAGCAACUUGUUGAGAAGGAUAUGAGAAUAGACUUCAGUUGGGACUCAUCGGCAUCACAGUAUGAGGAGAUUUACGGACAAGCUGUAGCCAGGGCUAGGUCUGUCAACCGUGCUUUGACUAAUCCCAUGCACAAUUUUCUUUAGAGCAACAAGUUUUCUUAGACUAGCUUAGGGGAAGAUAAAGAACAACUUGCCAAACUGAGCAGGUCAGUUAAUCUUUGAAUUGGUUGAUUCACACGCCCAACCAUCAAGAUCUUAGAAGAAGCUAAACUUACAAACCACCCAAUAUAAUGGGUAACCACCCGAUUUGGUCAAACGUGAUUGCAUUUCUAGGGAAUGGCAAUUUCAAGAGGAUUUUUCUCUUCUUCUUCAUCGCCUAUAUCUCGGCUCUUCCUUUUUGUCAGACAUGAUUGCACUGCCUCACCUGCAAUCAAUGUAAUAUCAUAUAAAAAGAAAGUGUACAUUGCAAGGCAAUAGCUACAGUCUCAAUUCAAAUUGUUGUAUUAUUCAUUUUACAUUCUUAUUUAUGGUGGCUGAAUAUGUACACCAUAUAAACUGCAGUUAGAAUAACAAGCUUUGAAGCUUGAAUUGUAUUUAUUCAUGCAUAAGCAAUAUAUUCAUACCCAUUUCUUGUCACU